GGGUGUUUGCAGAUAGAAUUUUAUUAUUGAUUUUUACUUCUAUUGUUUUUCGGUGCGCAGCUGCAAGAAGUCCACUAGCUCGUUCCAGAAUCAAUUUGUAGUUCAACACGUCUCAGAUUUACUAUGAAGCGUCAGAACGUUCGUACUCUAUCGCUGGUCGUCUGUACAUUCACUUAUUUGCUCAUUGGUGCGGCAGUCUUCGACUCCCUCGAGUCGCGGACCGAAGCGAAGCGUUGGGAAUUCUUGCAAG